UUGACUUGGCGUUCUUCCAUUAAUUCAAACAUCUCUACUGGAGAAAUCAUCACUCGCAAGAUGACAGCGAUUCAAGUUUGGGCGUUGAAAAAAAGUGAAAAAGUUAUGAUGGAGUUGGAUGCAGAUGGACAAGGUCGAGAUAAUGGCUCGAACCUGUUUGUGAGAUUUCUUGGUCAGGUAGCUCGUCAAAUUAUAUUUUAUCCCAUAUCAAUCAAAAGAUGGGAUAAGAUGCCAGAAGAUAACACAAAAAGACAAUGGGAACUUAUUGAAGAAAAUUUUGAGUUUGAUUAUGCUGCUGGCGUCAAAUGGGCUCUGAGGACCUUAGGUGAUAGAUGGAAGGCCCAUAAGUAUAAUUUAUGGGGAGAGUACUUCUUUCCUAACAAAAGAAAGACAGAAAUUCUGGCUGCGAAUCCCUCAGACAUACCGCCUGUUGAAUGGACUGCUUUUGUGGAUCAUUAUAUGGAUCCUAAAACAAAGAAACAAUGUUUGCAAAACGCCAGAAAUCGUGAGAAGCUUAUAGUUUCACAUACCGGUGGAAGUAAAAGCAAUGCUAGAAGAGCAACUCAGAUGGAAAAAAAAUUGGGAAGGCCUGUAUGUCGAAGCGAGGUUAUUGUAUCAACUUUGCUAAAGAAAGAUGGGAGUUAUGUAAGCGGGAAAGGACAAUGAUUAGUUGUGAGUGUCUCAAUUAUAUUUUAUAUGGCUGUAUAUUUUUUUAUCUGCCUUGAUUAUGUCAAUACUCUACUCCAAUGCGAUGUGCAUUUGUUUGUAGGAAAAAAUAGCAGAGCAUUUGUCUGAAGACCAAGAGCGUGCUGCCACUGAAGGUAUUCAUUCAAAGGUCUUAGCUCAUCCGGAUGAUGCAAUUGGAAAAGUUUGCGAUCCUGAGAAUGGUAAGCGAGUACGUGGCUUUAGUAAUGCUGCAUGUCCCAGUGGUUUUGGUAAGUCAAAGCGCAUCUUUGGAGGGGCAAUAUGCGGAGGUUCUAGCAGUGCAUUGCAACAGCAUGUUGCAGAUUUAGAAAGGCAACUUCAAGAAGUUAAAGGUCAAGUGACAACUCUCCACAGAUUUCUACAACAGAAAUACGGUGAUGAAGUAGCUACCUUCUCUGAUUCUGUGCCACACAUUGAGUCGGAAUGAUGCACCUCAUGUCAUGUUUAUUUUAGUUUUAAUUUAUGUCUAGUUUGUACUG